GGAUCCGUUAACAACUGAACCCUCUAUCGUUUUUGUUUGCGUUUUGAAGAGCCAAACAAUAAUUUCAUUCUUCGGCACUGCUAAACUCGCUUCAAUUUUUUCACUGCCAUUCUUCUCUGUCGAUCUCUCUGCUUCUCACAAGGGUGCAGCGAAGUAAUUAUCAAAUUAGGGUUUUCGCUCGAGCACCUUAAAUUUGGAUUUCUGGUAUGAAAUUAUCUGAAAUUUGGGUAAUGAGCUCAGAAUAUAAUUAACAAAUGAAAUUUCUCUCUCCUCAAUGGCUCAAACUCCAAGUCGCAUGGUCGCAUCUGCUCUGCGUCUCCUUCGUCCUUCCUCCUCUCAGGACCCUGACAAGUCUCCUCCAAUAAAAGCAGCAUCUUGUAGUUGUACUUGUAUCAUCUCCUGUAGUCUGCGCCACCUCUGCCAACCACCUCUCUUUCUUCGCUGCUGCUAUUUUCGUGGGUAAAUGGGGAGCAAAGGUCGAUUACCACCUCAUCAUAUGAGGCACCCUCUUCAUGGGCCUGGUUUAGUGCAUCCAGAGCCAUUUGGAGCCGGGAUACGUCCCCCGCAUGGUGGUUUUCCUCAUGGUGACAUGUUGCCUCCGCCGGAGAUUUUGGAGCAAAAACUUGCUUCUCAACAUGUGGAGAUGGAGAGGUUGGCAACGGAGAACCAAAGGCUAGCUGCCACCCAUGGGUCAUCGAGACAACAGCUUGCUGCUGCACAGCAGGAACUUCAGAUGUUGGAAACUCAGAUUCGAGCUUCAAAGUCAGAGAGGGAGCAACAAACGAGGGGUCUUAUGGAUAGAAUUUCGAAGAUGGAAACCGAAUUGAAGGCAGUGGAUCGCCUUAAACUGGAUUUGAAGCAGGCUAGGACAGAGGCACAAACCUUGGUUGAAGUGAGGCAAGAGCUUAUUACUAAAGCGCAGCAACUAAACAGUGAGCUUCAAAGGGCCCAUGUAGAUGUGCAGCAAAUACCUGCUAUGAUGUCUGAACUUAAUCACCUCAGACAAGAGUUUCAUCAGUACAGGACAACAUAUGAACAUGAAAAAAAGGUUUACCGUGACCAUAUUGAAUCGCUUCAAGCUAUGGAUAAGGAGUAUAAGAGCAUGGCUGAUGAGGUGGCAAAGCUUCGUACUGAGUUGAAUAAUACAUCAAAUGUUGAUAAAAGAUCUGUUUAUGGUAGUGCUGCUGGAUAUGGGGACAUUGAUGCCUCUGCUCACAAUCCUUCGGCGCAGAGUUCCUAUGAAGAUGGUUAUGGGAUGCAGCAGGUCCAUCACCAGUUUCCAGCUAGCGGUGCUGCCACUACUGCAUCUACACCUGCUGCUACAGGUGGUGGUGUGGUAGCCAGCAGCGGUGGUACGCCAACUUAUGCUCCACCUCAAUCUGGGACAGCCUCUGGAAGAGUAGGGUAUGGGAAUCCUGGUUAUGAAGCACAAAGGGGUCUGACCUAUGACCCGCAGGGUAGUCAAGUCUACAACAACGCUCAGAGAGCAUCAGGUUAUGAUGGAUAUAAUAGAGGAGUUAAUUAUGACAUGCAAAGACCUCCUUAUGAUCCGCAAAGAGCAGCUUAUGAAAUGCCGUGGGCAAAUAACUAUGACGCACAUUCUAGGGGAGCAGCUGCCGCUCCUCCUCCUCCUCCCUCUCAGGGUCAAGCACCCGUAAACAAUAUGGCUUAUGGAUCUGCUGCUCCACCACCUGCUGCUCGAACCACAGCAGGAAACGAAAUGCAGACUCGAGGUGGAAACACUGCUCGUAGGUAAGAGAAUUUCACGAGGUUCUCAGAUUUCCAACUCAUUUUACCUGUUUGGACCAAGCUUCGUAUCCUUUGAAGAUUUGGCCAUACGCUUGAAAGCAGUCAGACAUAAAGCUACUUUCUCCAUCUGAGGAGGUCAGUGCAGAAGUUUGGAGUGGAGGAGAUAUUUGAACAGUAGUGAAGGUUGACAAUAGCUAAAUCUUUUGUGAGAUUAUCAUUUUGUAAGAUAACUUUGUAUGAGCACUUUUUUUUGCCAAAAAUGGGCUGCAGCUCUGCCGUUUUCUUUCUGUCAUGUUGUGUGACCUUUGGCGAUUAAGGUUUACUGUUCUUUUGAUCAA